AUGCCACGGGAAGCCCCGCGUGGUUUGGCACUCGCGGGAUGUCCGGAGGCGCGGCGCGGCCCUCGCCAUCCCGGAGGGUAUAUGAGGCGGCGCGUCCCGGCAAGGGGCACACACACUCCCCCACCAACGACAGCCAUGGAGCGACGCACCCUGCUGGUUCUGCUGCUUGUGUGCAGCUGUGCUCUGGCCGCCGUUGAGGCUUCACCCUUCCGAGGGGACUACGGCGGCUGGAACCGCCCCCGGCCCUUCCCCCGCCCCCGCCCCCAGCCCGGACCUUCGUUCCCUUCCCCAGGCUGCAUCUGCGUGACACAGCCGUGUCCCUGCGACAACUUCGGCGGCAGAAGAGGAUGAUAGCGAGGACGGGCCUGGUGACUCCCCCCCCCACCAAAGUGGGCAUUGACUUCCCAUCCCCUUAACGCCUUCUUAAAGAGCCCCUUCCCGCCGACGACAACAACUGCAACAACAACAGCAACAACACCAAAGACAGCUUUUCAUUGUCUUACUAAGGCCGGUGUCACACUGGGCGGUUUCGCCGCGCGGCAAAACCGCAGGGGGGUGAGGGGCGGCGGCGCCGCCUAACCAGUAUCAUGUCACACAGGACGGUUUCGCCGCGCGGCAGCGCUACUGCUACUACUACUACUACUACUACUACUACUGCUGCUGCUGCGUCUGCUACUACUACUAAUAAUAAUAUUGAUGAUAAUACAUGUCAUUGCUGCUCGUCAUUAAUUGAUGAUGAUAUACGUAGGCUAUGUCUCUUAAAUUAUCUUAUCUAAAUACGCACACUGUGUAUUAAACAUAUGUUCCUAAUGAAAUUUCUCACUAUAUAUAUGAAAUAAAAAGAAAUAUUGUCUUUCCUUCUCUCUCUCCAAUAACUCCAAAUCAGGCAAGUCUUUGUAAAUUAUUUCUCCAAUCUCAAACCAUGAUUUUUCUUUCUUAUUUUUUUAUCGGAAUACUCUUUUGAACUUUUCUCCCAGAGAGCUGGCCUCUCUUGAACGCAUUGAACAAACAAAUCAAUGCCGAACAUGGUGGUCAGCCGCGCGGCGAAACCGCCCAGUGUGGCCACGUGCAUUGAAUUCGCCUUCACGAAACACGCAGUCCACCUCUUACAAUGCUCCCUCUUGCGGCAGGCGACACGAUGCUGCUUUCUUUGCUCUGACUGAAUACAAUAAAUCGGUUAGCUA